GGCAUUGCCAUGGCGCUCAAAUCCGGUGUAUUCGCUUGCCUCAUCCUUGCAUUGCGCGUGAGCUGCGACAACGUCAUGGCACACCCCUGCUGGAGACACAUCGAGACUAUGACUUCAGAGCCAGACCAAAACACGCUGAACGUCCAGAUUGAGAAGCUGCAAGUAUGGAAUUUCAGCAAGUAUGCCAAGUGCGCAGUGCGACAAAGACCUGCGCGCAUGGGAGGGCUCCCAAUCUCAGAGGAGCAGUAUGUGGUGCUUGCAGAGCGGGCUCUGAAGAUUUGGUACGCUGUGACUUUGGCGCACCCCAUGAAGAAUUAUUCUCCCAGUGAAGAGCUGGACCUUGUGUGGCAUUGCCAUAUUUUGGACAUGCGCAACUACGCCGACUUCCAGCAACAGCUGGGGACAGAAAUUGGGCAUGUGCCAAGUGGAGAUGAGGAAACAAACGAUCUGGCACAGACUGAGAGCGUCUUGAAUGCGGUGUCAACUAUUUUGGAUACCAAACUUUUGAAUACCUUCUUCUCUGAGUCCGUGCCCUUGAUGGUCGAACCGGAACCGUGGAGGAAGACAGGCCGGAAAGCCAAGGAGGAUCAUUGGCUGGGGCUUUGUGACGGAGCUCUGGUUGAGCUGGCGGUCUAUGAUGACCGAGGCAACGGUCAAGGACGGCUAGUGGCCCAGCUGAGUUCAAAAGGAGAUGCAGGAGCUCAUGACGAAGGUGAGGUCUGGAUGUCGAAGAUCCUGGCCGUGGAGGGCCCAUACUUCGACUGGUGGGUUGACACUACCUAUCCAGAUCACCGGGCAGCUUUGCAUGCCUGUGCACGACAGGCUGGCAGAUGCACAGUGGGAACGCUCUACAGAAAUGCCUUGCACAUGGAUGUUUUUCGACUGCUACCAGGUCGUAGCGCCAUGAGUUUGAAGUGGCCGUCAGACGAUGAAAAGGCCCGCAUUGAAGCAGUGAUCAACGCCUUUUCUCCUCCUGAGAAAGCGCCUGGGGAUCCUUCCUCGGGUGGCAACCUUGGGAAGAGGGGAGGCGAAGUCGCUGCUGGAGCGGAAGGCAUUGAGGGGCUGGCUGGAGCUCUUGGCACGGAGAUGAGGGCGGAAGGAGGAAAUCAGGCGCCCUGUGACGAGCCCCGUAAACGGAAGCAUCCAGAAAAGCCAAAGAAAAAAGAGAGCGGGGAGCGACGUGAAGGGCUUGAGGCCGUCCUUCAAGGCCGUAAGGCUGCUGCCCCGGAGUUGUCAGCCCUCAAGCUGCCCCAAAAGAGUAAGGGAGAGAAAAAGAAAAAGAAAAGGAAGCAGAGGAGCCGCAGGAAGGAGAAAGAGGAGAGCCAGGGAAGUUCUACCUCGAGCUCCUCCUCGGGAGGUUCAAGCACGGAAGAGUCAGUUUUUCGACUGGCCGCCCUGCCGCAGGGGGUGGACAAGCUUCAACGCUUGCACCAGGAGAGGCCAGGUGUACUGGCGAAUCUCACCCUGAAGCGCUUCAGCGAACUGCUGAGCAGGAGCGUAGGCGGGGGAACGGCCGAUUCAGCCUCGGACCUUCCAGCAGUGGCCCGGGCGUACUUGACCCAGAUUUACCUGGUGAAGUCACCCGAGACGCAGAUAGGACUGCGAAAUUUGAGAGAGCUGCGGACUCUUGCAAUGAUGGUGGACUACAUGGCGUCCAACGACACACUGAGGGCGAUGGACGUGGCAGUCCAGCGGAUGAAGUCCAUCGAGGUCUUUGUGGCCCAAGGCAACUGGACCCAAGCGUCCCUGCUGGAACUUAUCCCGGCGGAGGGCGAACAACGGGCCUGGUUCAGGCAGGAGUUGAAAGCGGCGCAGCAAGAGGCGAAAUUGGAGAGCCGCAUGACCCAGGAUCAAUGGACCCGUCGACGAAGAGCAUGGGAGCCAGCGACAGGAGCCGGAGCCCCGUCAAACGACGAAAUGAAGAGAGAAGGCGAAAAAGGAGUCAAGCGAAUGGAGGAGUAUCAAGAACUUGAAGAGCUGGCACAGCGGAGUGUUGAAGCGAUGGCCGAGCAUGACGACCUGAAGGCCCUUCAUCAGAACCUGAGGGGGCAUUUCCUCGGGACAAGUUCGAUGAUCAAGAUCGAAAAGGCAUUCCUAAAGUCGCUGGUUCAGGCCGGUGAACUGCCCUGUGAUGUGGCAGUACAGGAGGUCAUCAAGGUUUGGAGCGUGCUUGAACAGGAGGCACCCCCGGAGUAUGAUAGUCACCUCAUGCAGGUCCUGGGGCUUCCGUCAACUCCUCUGGACUCUGUUUCCGGGGAGGUUGAAGGGCGGCUCUGGGGCACGCACCGAGGGGUGGAGAUCAGGGUGUUGCCUAACAACUUCAGCGGUGUUAGCGGUGUAAUGGUUGGCAAAGGCAGAAAGGACCAACCGGACUCCCUAUUCACUGCCGAGCGCCUUGAGAAACUCAACAAGGACAUGGUGAAGCAUAUGCUGAGUGGAAGGCGGCUGUAUGUGACGUUGGGUAAUGAGGAGUGGGCCAAGGAGCUUAUCGACACCCUGGAUUUGCCAGCAGGAGGAUCGCCAAGCCUUAGUGAAUGGAGGUUGGGAUUGAAGAAGCUUUUCUCAAAGCCGCUGACUCUGAACCUGGCUGGGGUGAUCUUGAAGACUUUGACCUUGCAUCGCCCUGGCCACCUUGGGAACUUCGUGCGGAGUUUCAUGUGCUGCGCUUUGGAGACUUUUCAGAAGUCAGCGGGCGCGGAGUUACUUCCUAUGGCACUUCCAGGGGGAGGAAGAGAGGAAAGUGAGCUGAUUGCCGCCCUCUCCGAAAGCGCCUUUGCUCCAGGCCCACUGACAGAUGAGGAGCUGGUAAGCUACGAGGAGAAGGCUAAGGACCUGGGGAAAGAAGCAUGGUUGUGGCUGCAAAUCGCGUUGAUGAAUGCUCUGUACUGUGGAGGAGGAACUAGCCGUGUGCUGACCGAGACCAUGGCAUACUCAAAGGACUGGACAGAUGCCCAGCAAGAAGUGGUGAAGAGGCAGCGAGAGAUGGCUGCUGCAUGGGUUCAGUCUGAGGAUGACAAACUUGUAGUUGGAAGUUGGGAUCAGUUGGCUGAAAAUUUAGACCACAUCUACACGGGGGGCCGGUUGAGCAAAUCCUACCCUUUAACUUUGGAGGCGAUUCGGCCGACCACCCCUGGAAAAGAUCAAGCCGGACGGAUCGAGCUUGCAGAAGUUGUGAGUGAGGAGAUGAAGCCAUAUGUGUUGGACCCGGGUUUGGUCAGGAUACCGGAUGACGAAGUGGUUCACCCACGGACUUCGGCUUCGGUACAGGUGAGCUCACAACAAGAGUGGGACCGAAUUGUGGAGUACUUGGUCGAGGCCCGCAUGCUUGAGAGAGAAAAGCCGGAGGAGACCUUGAGGUACAAGGGAGUAGCCGUCCGCAACGGGGCCUUCGGGGGGACUGGAGCACUUCCAUGCUCGCUGAACCUCCUCCAAGAACCCAGUCAUGACCCCGACCUCGCCAACAGCCAGGACGUCGUCCACAUAGAGGGCCACAAAGCCAUAGGCUCGAUCCAGAUCCUCAUAGGACUGUUUGACCAUCGAGUUCUCCUUGAGGACCACCUUCCACAGGUUCGGCUCAGGCGUUUGGAUCAGUUGAUAUCCAACUCCCUCCAGAUUCCAUUGAAGCUUGGACAACACUGA